AUCACAAUUUUUUAGAGAGAAUUCUAGUGAGAGAAAAGAAAGAUUUCUCUUUGAGAGAUAGCCUUGUAUUGAGAAAACUCAAAGUUCUGUUUAAAGCUUGCUUCAAAUAUUACCCCCCAUUUGGGGCCAUUCUGGCAGCUGCUCAUUUUGCCACGUGGAAGAGCCUUGCUCCACCAUGUGUCUUCUCUUGAGAGGCUGGUGCGGAAUCAGAUGAUGCUUUUAGGAUGCCAAUGGAGGUUUGACAGGUGGCAUAGGAUUCUUCUAGAAGAAGGGAGCGUGUUUUCCGUUAGGAGGGGUUGCCAGCUGCAUGAAAGGAGUAGUGGAGGCGGGCAGCUGCAGAGAGAGAGGUGGUUCGGGGUGUUGCCGUUAGAGAUAUUUUGAGAGAGAGAGGGGAAGAGAGAUUUUUAGAGAGAAGGAAGAUACCGGCUGAGGGGGAGGCAGAGAGUUCUCGAGGGGUGAGCAAGAAGGGGAGGGUGAGUUUCCUUGGAGUAGGGGUGUCUUCAUAACUGGUUUUUUAGAAGAUAUUUCUGGAGGUGAAUAGCUGGGGUAGCAAGCGAGAAUAAGGAAAAGAAGUUGUUGCCUGAGGAGGAUUUUUUCGGUUAGCUGUUUUUGAGAGAGCUAGCGAGAGAGAGAAAAACAUUUUGGUGGCUGGUUUCUUAAGAGGAAGGGAAACUGAGAGAAAACAGAGAAGGGAGGGGAGCUGUUUUGAGAUGGCUGGAGGAACAGCUUCUUGAGGGGGAUGCCGAGCUGAGCAUAGACCAGAGAAGAAACAGUGAGCUAUAGUCCUGGACACCUAGUUGAGAAAGAGACUUCUAGGAUUGGACCUUUGUUCCUCGUCUUGAUAUACCUUUGUGGAUCAGAGCAAAGGAGGAGUACUUUCAGGAUCAGGAUUUUUACUCUCAGUCUAGGUAUAGUUUCGUGGAUCAAAGUAGAGGGCAGAUUAGUUCGGGUUUCAGAUACACCGGAUAUGGAUCAGCAGGUUGUCACAGUCGAUUAGUUCACAGCCGCCAUGGCUUCUAUCCAAGAGGCUUUGGCUAGCCUCAGGCAGGAGAUCGGUGGUCAACAAGGUAGACCACCAGCAGUUCAGGAUGAGACGCCGUGUGACUCACAUCCACCUCCACCACCCCUACCCGUUCCUUCAGUGCAUCAGGCAUCACCAUAUGUAUUACACGGGCAUUCUGAGAUCACUCCACCCGUAGUCGCCUAGGUCGUUGUCGCUGAUGACACACAUACGCACAUGGACCGCAUCGAGCAGCGCGUGAGGCAGCUGAGAGUGUCUGAUGGAGCUGCUGUUUGGGAUGAUUUGGAAGGUAUGCCGGUAGCCAGCUUGUCAGCUAAGUUCAGGAUGCCAGAUAUUGAGAUGUACACUGGUAUCGGUUGUCCACGCAUCCAUCUCCGACUAUAUAGCAUCGUGAUGAGGGCUUAUGGACUGGACGAGCCUCAAAUGAUCACUCUUUUCCUCCUACCUCUGAGUGGGGCGGAUCAGUGUUGGUUUGCGUCUCUGGAGUCCUCGAGACGUCGUACAUGGGAUGACUUGGCCCAGGAGUUCCUACGACAGUUUUCGUUUAACACUGUUGUAGACGUAUCGAGGAGAGAGCUCGAGGCUCUGAGGUAGAGGACAGAGGAGUCCGUUUCUUUUUUCAUUUCCCGCUGGUGCGGGAAGAUAGCUGAGAUAGUGGAUAGACCAUCAGAGAGAGACCAGAUUCAGAUGGUUUUGAGGAGCCUACAGCCGAGGAUCGCCAGACAUGUGGUCGGGGUCCCGUUCGCAGAUUUUGGGUCAUUGGUUAUGGCUUUAUACGAUGUCGAGGACAACAUCUCAAGAGAAUUAUGGACAGAUUCUUCCCCUAGUGAUAUUAAGGGGAAGAAGCCCUUUGUAGGACCGAGGUCAGCAGAUGUGAGCGCCAUCGUUUCUUCCAAUCAGAGGCCUCUCAGACACCAUUAGCCGAUCCCACAGUUUUCCGAGCCUCAUUCUUCCUAUGCACCUCAUCAGUACAGGCCACAGGCACCUCAUCCAGCUUAUGAUUAGACAUACAUGCCACAAACAUUGGUUUUACCUUCUUAUGCCACUCAGGGCAUUGAGAGACCCGCAGUCUCCUACACAGCCACAGGGCAGCCAUGCUACACUGCUCAGCUCACCGCGAGACCUACGGCACCUUAUCCCCGACCUAGGGCUCAAUAGACUUCUGCUCCGUUUGCUUUGAGGACGCAGAGGCAAUUCUCAUAGAUAGGCAUGUCGUUGAGCCAGGAUCUUCGGAAGCUUACAGAGGCUGGUUUAUUGACUGCUCUCACCCCUCGGCCACUACCUCAGCCUAUUCCAGCUCAGUUCAGGAUGGAUUUGCAUUGUGCUUAUCAUCAGGGGCUUGGACAUGAGACCGAUCGAUGCACCGCUCUGAGGCACGCUAUUCAGGAUCAGAUAUGCCAGGGUUUGGUACACUUGGAUCAGCCAAGUGUGACCACAAACCCGUUGCCGACCCACACCACACAUGCAGUUCCUCCACCAGCCGGUGGUAUUCAUUUGUUGGACUUUGAUGAGACCGACGAUCAUGUUUAUAUGUUGAGUUGGGAUGAUUCAGACCCAAAGCCUAUCAUGCCAACUAAGAUUUACGAGACGAGUGGGGUGACUCUAGAGCCGCAGAUGCCCGCUCCAUUCCGAUUAGUUCCUGAGGCAGCAUCUGUACAGGCGGCCACUUCCAAGCCUCUGACAUUCAUACGCUAUAGCGUUCAGAUGCCGUACAUUCUGAUCCUGGAUGUUGAGGAGGUUCGGGCUCCACAUGUUGAUAUUUCUCAGACUCCGGACAUCCAGUAUGUCCUCCGAGGGGGUAGAGUGAUGCGACAGCCACCUCCCGCAGCAGUUAGGCCAGUUGAGGGUACAUCUGCUUCCGAGGAGGUCAGAGUAGAGGAUGAUGAGAUCUUGAGGCAGCUACAGAGCACUCAGGCUCGUAUCUCCAUCUGGAGUUUGUUGGCAUCUUCGAGUACUCACCGAGAUGCAUUGAUUCGAGCCCUGAGCCAGAUCAGAGUUGAGACCACCACCACUCCUGAGGGUUUGAUUCACAUGAUGACGGCUGGCCGAGCCACAUGUAUCGUAUUCUCGGACGACAAUUUGCCACCGGAGGGCUCGGACCACACUCGACCACUCUACAUAUCUGUUGGCUGUUCAGGCCGCCGAGUUCCAUCUAUCCUUCUGGACAAUAGCUCGACCCUGAACGUAUGUCCUCUUGCCACUACCAUCGCCCUCGGAUACGCUCCUUCUGAUUUCGGUCCCUCCACUCAAACCGUUCGCGCAUAUGACAGUACUCGGAGGGAGGUCAUGGGUACAUUGGAGAUCGAGCUGCUGAUCAGUCCUGCCACUUUUGUCACAGUGUUUCAGGUUUUGAGGAUUCCUACAUCCUUUAACCUACUUCUGGGCCGACCAUGGAUCCAUAGAGUCGGGGCCAUUCCUUCUUCCCUUCAUCAGAAGGUGAAGUUUAUUCACGAUGGUCAGGUCAUCGUGGUGCAGUCUGUGGGAGACAUGUUCAUUGCUGCCGAGCCUAUGCUCGAGAUUAGUCACACUGAUGACGAUCUUUUUCUGACUGGAUUCACCUUCGAUGAGGUGCAGACCGUGGAGAUAGAGGAUUUCUGCCGGGAUUUCGUAGUCAUGUCCUUCGACCAACACAGCAGCACAGUGGUGCUUAAUAUUAUGCGGAGCAUGUCUUAUCUUCCUGGCAUGGGAUUAAGGCGUCGUCAGCACGGGCCUCAUGAGUUCAUAGCCAUCCCUGAUCACGACGUACCGUUCGGACUCGGGUUCAUCCCCACUGAGGUCGAUUAUCUCUAUAUGGUGCGAUUGCGCAAGGAGAGGGUGAGGGCUCAACUGACUCAUACUCCUUUCUAUUAUCCUAUGCGUCCGUACACCAAGAGCCUAGCAGAUUACUUUGUGAGGGCAUCGGAGCCGCACACACCAUCUGACGGGAUCAUCGGAGGACUUAGCACCACCCAGGAGGCCGAUCUUCAGCACCUCGUCCAACAGUUACGAUUGAGAGACGGAGCCCCUGGCCCUUCGACUUUUGUGUUGAUCACUUCUUCUUCUCCGGAUCGCACGAGCCUCAUGACGCUUUGUUUCCCUGAUGAGAUUGAUGAUCAUGGGACAUUUGUCAAGAUCAGCGACAUAGUGGACGGAGCUGGGCCACAUGACGAGUAUAUCGAUGAAAUGCUCGCGAUGAGCCUGAGUCCGAUCGAGGAGAGAGUUCAUCCUGGGCUCACUUCACCCUUCGAUCUUUUUGGGGUGUCUUUCAUUGAGAUCGUUGAGGAGAUCCAGACAGCCCCUACUCCGGAGAUUACUAAGGAUGCUAUAGCUGUUGUUGAUUUGAUUGACGGCCCUGUUGGCCUUAUUGAGGGAGUGUCCGACUUUGUGGACUCACCUCUUUCAUUUGAUGUUUUAUCGGGAUUUGUCUCCCAUCCUGACUAUGUUUCCGACUUUUCAUCUAUGGAUUUGAGCAUUUUUUAGUA